AAGAGAGGGGGAGAGGGUGUCGUAGCAGAAGAAAGGAAGAAAGUAACGAUGGCUGCUCGACUUCUUGCGCUAAAUUUUGGGAACGGACUUCGAAGGUCCUUCGUACCGAGCGUCUCGUCCUCAGUCGGUACGAGGUUUGUAUCAAGUGGAGACACUUCCAUGCCAAGAGAGUUGACAAAGGAUGCUGAGGCUACUCUCAGGGACCCAGCUGUUGCCAAAGAGAUUGAACAGCACCAACAGACAAUUGUCGUUGACACUCCUGUGAACAUUGCACCUUUGACUGGUGUGCCAGAAGAGCACAUCAAGACCAGACGUGUACGGAUCUUUGUGCCAGCUCGUAACGCAAUGCAGUCUGGGACUCAUAACACACACGCCUGGAAAAUGGAGUUUGAAACUCGAGAACGAUGGGAGAACCCACUCAUGGGAUGGUGUUCAACGGGUGAUCCGCUAUCCAACAUGAACUUGCACUUCAGGACCAAGGAAGAAGCAAUGUCUUUCUGUGAAAAGAAUGGUUGGGAAUACUUUGUUGAUGACCCAUCUCCGCACAGGCCACCAAAGAGGAGUUACGGUGAUAACUUCUCGUGGAAUAGGAGGACAAGGGUGUCCACAAAAUAGAUUUAAGUAACCCUGGCAUUUUAGGAUCAAACACAGAAGAUCUGCCCUCAGUCGCUGGAGGAUGGUGAAGCCAUUUGCAUAAAGUGAAAAUGUGAAGCUGCUUUGCAAUUCUAUGUGAAUUUUGAUUAAACUUGCUCACGCAUGUUACUGUGAUGCACACGAGAAGCUUC